CAAAAUGCCGACCCGCACCCGACCCGCCCAGACAACAACUAAACCCGAAUCCGACCCGACCCGAUAACAUCUGAACCCGAACCCGACCCGAUGAAAACAAUCUCACCAGAAAACUGUGUUUGAGAAAGAAUAUAGACUUGUCUUGUCGACUUAGUGAAUGCAGUUGUUCUGAAACAAGUCUUUCAUAACUUUCAACCAGUAAUACAAACCUAAAAAUAUUAUUUAUAUUUUAAAUUGCGUCGCCAAAUAUUCAACCCGAACCCGACCCGACAGCAUCUUAACCCGAACUCGACCCGACCCUAGGGUCGGGUUGCAGGUCUCUAGUCCUAAGUUGUCUCUUCUUUGCUAUAUACAGACUUCUCGCAAACAUAUCUAAGGUUAAUAUUAUCAAUAAUUUAGACAUCGUGUUGAUCUCUCAACUUUAUUCUAUUUUGCAGAAUAAACAUGUUGCCCUCAUAAAACGAAUGCAAAUCAGCACGAUGUCUAAAUCAUUGUUAAUAUUAAUUUUAGAUAUGUUUGCAAGAAUUCCGUAUAUUAAGAUAAAUUUGUUUAUAUCAAAGAAGAGACACGACAUGACAAACGCAAACAAAUAGAUAAGAGUUUCAAAGUUAUACUAUUCUGUGCCUUGAAUGUACAGACAUUCCCACUUCUUUUGCAUCAGUUACAGUUUUUUACCAGUUAACUAUAACUGUUAUAACUGUAACUGUGAAAACUGUAACUGCUCAUAACUGUAGACAAAUAUUCUACGAUGAGUUAGUCUUCUACGAUUUGCAUACAUUUUAAGAACAGAGACAUCCUUAAAAUGUAUGCCGGAUCAUAGAAGACUAACUCACUCUAGAAUGUUUGUCUACAGUCAUGAGCAGUUACAGUUUUCACAGUUACAGUUACGACAGUUAACUGUAACUGAUGCAUGCCUACUUAUUUCUAAACAAUUGUAUCCACAAAUCCAUUGAUUAUUACCUUCUCCUCAUGCAAGAAAACUCUGCUUGUAUUAAAAUCAACAUUAUUCACAUAUCAAACUGCUUUUGAUCAGAUUUUGUUCAGGUUACAUUUUCUUAAUCUGUAGAGGUCAGUAUUGUGUGUUGAAAAAAAAGAAUGUUCUCCAUCAUUUUUCGAAUAGCUUUUGACCAGCGGUUUUUGCCAUUCGGUCGAGGACAUUAAGCAAAAAUAAGAGUUUGAAAGUUUUUUCUCAGUCGGAUUUUCAGAGAAAAUCAAGUCUAAUCUUAAGACUUUCAGAUAGUUAGAAUUUAAAUGAAACAUACGUAAUCAACCACGUUGAAUCUUCUGGCAAUAUUUUUUUUCUUGGAAAAUUCAAAAUUUAGUGAAAAUUGACUUUAUGUGAAAUAAACCAUUAUAUUUACAUUUUCACUAGAUAUUAAAAAAUCAUAUAUCCAUCAAAAUUGAUCAUAACAGCGUCGAAACAUCAGAGCAUAUUUAAUUUGAGCUGGUCUAUAAAAAUUGAAAAAAGUUUCGAGAAAAUAUUUUAGUUUUCCAGUUAAAUUUCUAGAACUGAAAAUACUUCUUGCUUUUCUUAUUCCAGAAUCAUGUGUAGAGUUCAAAUGAGUUCACUAAAUUUUGAUUUUUCCAAAAAAAGAAAUAUUGUCACAAAAUUCAACGUCAGUCGAUUAUCUAUGUUCGAUCUAUUUCUCGAGCUAUUAAAAGCCAUCAGAGACCAGAUCUGAUGCUCGUAGAAAGAUCGUUACCACGCCUAAACGAUCAAAUUUCAAGAGUUCGCUUGACUCUUAAAAUAAUGACGCUGUGAAUCCAUGAAAAAACAACAAAAUAUUGCUAUUUGAAAUUUUGUGAGAUUAGACUGGAUUUUUCUCUGAAAAUCGGAUUGAGAAAAAACUUUCAGAUCUACUUUUUACCUAUGUAAAAAUGUUGUUAAUCGAAUGGUGAAAACCGCAAAUCAACAGUUAUUUGAAAAAUGAUGAAGAACAUUCGUUUUUUUAGUUGACCACAUUCGAUCUUGUACAAGCUAAUGUUUUCCUAUGAUAAGGACUACUUGUUAAACAUUGUGGUAAAAAUGUUUGUUAAAUAAAAUGGUUUUAUAUAAAAUUGUUAUUUCUGUUUAUUGAGUAAGAAAAAGGUGUCAUUAAAAUAUCUAUUUUUUUUUUACUCAUUUUAAAAAAUAAUCUAAAUAUUCUUUUCUCUAAUGUAUUCUAUUAUCUCUGUUAUCUUGCUCACUACUUCUAUUCGUAUGUGUGAAGAACAUUGAGUAUAACAUAAUAUAAAAGAAAUAUUUAACUAAGUCACAUUAUUUUUGUCACUUUAGAAUAUCUAUCGGGUCUCUAUGUGGUAUUCAUUAGCAUUAGUCCUGUUAUUCAUUGGCAUAGGUCAAGCAUUUAACCCAUUAAAUUGUCCAACAAAUGUAACAUGUGUUGAACAUCAAACAUGUUGUCUAACAAAUCAAGGUUUAUGGGCAUGUUGUCCAUUAGAAGAUGCCAUUUGUUGUAAUGAUGGUCAAACAUGUUGUCAAAAAGGAGAAAAAUGUUCAUCAGGUGGUAAUUGUACAAAGAAAAUUGUUCAAGAAGAAAAUAAUCAAAUUACAAUUGUUGAAACGACUGGUUUCAACUUAAUUCCACAUUCAUUAACACCAAAAUCCGUCCAAUGUCCAGAUGGUCAAAGUUUUUGUCCAGAUGGUCAAACAUGUUGUCAAUUGUCAAGUGGACAAUAUGGUUGUUGCCCAUUACAUGAUCAUGAACAUUGUUGUCCUCAUGGUUACACGUGUGAUACGGAGCAUAGUCGAUGUUUAAAAAAAUCACUCACAUCUUGGUUUUUAAAGUCAGCUAAAUUUAAUUUUAUUAAACGUCAUUCAUCAUUAAACGAUAAUUCAGUUACAUGUCCAGAUGGUCAAUCAUCUUGUCCAGAUGGUCAAACAUGUUGUCAAUUAUCAACUGGUCAAUAUGGUUGUUGUCCAUUACCAGAUGCUGUUUGUUGCAAUGAUCAUCUUCACUGUUGUCCACAUGGAUACACCUGUGAUACUGAACAUAGUACAUGUAAAAGAGCAGAAGAUGAAUUUGAUAUACUACCAAUAUUUAAAAAAUUACCAUCAUUCAAAUUACCCAAAAGUUGUCCACAUCAUUAUAAAUGUGAUUUGAAAGUAUUUAAAUGUGAUCAUGAUAAAUAUGAAUUUCUCUCCAUGCCUCUAUUAAAAAAACAUUCCGCCAUGAAAACUAAAUCCAUUCCUUCAACAGCCACUAAUAAUAAAUUAGCUACACCACAGAAACCAGAGACAUUACACACUGUCCAAUGUCCAGAUGAAAAAUCAUUUUGUCCAGACGACACAACAUGCUGUAUAUUAAAAGAAGGUGGUUAUGGUUGUUGUCCAUUUGGAUCGGCUACGUGCUGCGCUGACAAGAUCCAUUGUUGUUCACAUGAUUAUUCGUGUGAUAAAUCGGGUUCACGAUGUAUUCGUCAUGUUGACUCAUCAUUGAGUGUUAAUAAUCGAACAUUGGACAUGGUUAUUGCUGCAAUGAAAAAAUUUAAAAUGCCAUUGAUGAAGAAAGGCACCUAUACACAUAGAAUUAGUACGUUGGACGUAGUUCAGAAUAAACAUGAUCACAGUCCUCCGUCAUGUAAACAAUAUUGUCGAUCACCUGCAACAGGAAAAUUGACAUGUUGUACAAAUCGUAUACCACUCACCGAAGGUUUAACUAUAAAUGACAAUCAAACGUGUCCAGAUGGUGUAACAAAAUGUAGUUCAAAAUCAACAUGUUGUCCAAAUACAGAUGAAAAUCAAAAUGUUCUAUCCUAUGGUUGUUGUCCAUAUCAAAAAGGUGUUUGUUGUGGUACUCGAGGCAAUGUAUGUUGUCCAUUUAAUUAUAUUUGUAAUCCAACUGAUCAAUCAUGUCAAUUAAAUGAUAUUAAACCAACAUAUAAUUUUCUUCAUACUGGGAAUCCACAAGAACGGAACUUAAGAUUAUCCUCUCCUCCUAUUAAUGCGUGUCCAAAUUUACUUGUAUCAUGUCCAACUAAUUAUACAUGUUGUCAAACACCAACUUAUCAGUAUCAGUGCUGUGCAUUUACAAAUGGUACGUGUUGUAGUGAUGGUCUUCAUUGUUGUCCGAAUGGCACAUUGUGCGAUCUCAAUGCUGGCGGUUGUUAUCAAGAUCAUAAUAGAAACAAAUAA